AUGAUCCCGACUUUUCUAUUCUAUUUCUGCUUCACCAGGAAGCGUGGAGCGCGUAUUGGGCGUACUGUAGACUUUCACUGGCCACACCUCAACGGGAAGCGUAGAUUUGACGGCCGACGUUGGUUGACGGCUGACCUGGUUUGA